AUGAACACUGCUGGUCAUCUCUGUCUGUCUGUGCUGUCGUCCCUCUUCGCACUGGCCUGUACAGUGGAGCUGCAGGGUCAGGCUGCCCCCUGCUCCUCUCUGGUGGCCGGGGUCUUAUACGGCUCCUUCUCGCUCAGGGAUCUCUUUCCCAGCCCAUCAGCUCUGGCGUCUGGAUGCUCAUGGACUGUGGAGAACCCUGACCCCACCAAAUACUCACUCUACUUCCGCUUCAAUCGCCAUGCCGGCGCCUGCUUAGCUUUUUCCCCGGUGGUACUGCCCCUGGACCACUACCUCUCAAAUCAGACUUGUGGUCCCCCAGACCAGCCCUUUCCUUCAGACUCUGAAGCUGUUGAGCUCUGCAUGGUCCCCGGACCACACACCUUCCUGCAGUUUGAUAAAAACUUUGUUCAGUUGUGCCUGACCACUCACCCCAGCCCCGAAAACGGCAGCGAUGACGAACAAGGGACGUCCGAGGGGCAGGCUCUUUUGUCGGCGGAAACUCUGGACUUCCGGCUCAUAGAAGUUUUGCUCAUCAACAAUGAGAACUCCAGUCAGUUCACUUGUGGAGUGUUGUGUCGAUGGUUUGAAGAAUGCUUGCAUAUUGGCUCAGGAUGGGAUGUCGAUAGUUGCAGUAUCACCCAGACGGGUUGUGUGUGCCCCAAAACCGCCCCUCCAGUGUCACUUCUGCCCACCAUGGCUCACAACCACUCCUUGGACCCCAGUGCUAGUGUGUUGCAAUCACCGCCCGAUGACUGUUGUGUCACACAGCUGCAUUCAAAGAAUGGCAUUGCAAUAGCACCAAGGGAUGUCCGGCAAGAACCUGACGAUGAUGAGCAGAAGGUGAAAACGCAGAGGCCACGGUCAGCUGACCAGCCAGGUGUGUUCCAGGCACAGACAGGUGACCCAGCAGCAGAGGAGUGGUCUCAGUGGAGUGUGUGUUCGCUGACAUGUGGGCAGGGUUGGCAGGUUCGUUCACGUUCGUGUGUGUCCUCUCCUUACGGGACCCUCUGCAGUGGCCCGCUGAGGGAGACACGACUCUGCAACAACACUGCCACCUGCCCAGGUGAGCCGCAGCAUCAAGCAGUGGAGGGGCAGUGGUUGGACUGGGCAUCCUGGUCUCAGUGCUCUGUUUCUUGCGGUUCGGGCAAUCAGCAGAGGCAGCGGCGGUGCAGUGUGUCGGUACAUGGCUGGGCGGAGUGUAAGGGGCCGCACGCGGAAACUCGUGAGUGUGCCAACCCAUCUUGUGGGGGUGGAGGGAACUGGGGUGCAUGGAAUCACUGGAGCCUGUGCUCCAAGACCUGUGACUCUGGUUGGCAGCGGCGCUUCCGUAUGUGUGAGGGUACUGGAAUCCAUGGUUACCCCUGUGAUGGCUCCGGAGAGGAAGUACGCACUUGCAAUGAAAAGAAGUGCCCAGCGCCUCAUGAAAUCUGCAAAGAUGAGUACCAAGUAUCCAUGACGUGGAAGAGAGCCUCAGUUGGAGAGACUGUGUACAACAAGUGUCCAUCAAAUGCCACUGGAUCUGCUAGUCGUCGUUGUUUGCUGGACGUUAAUGGCGUUGCUUACUGGGGUCCUCCGAGCUUCGCCCGAUGUGUCUCACUUGAAUAUAGAUAUUUACAUUUAUCUUUGCGAGAACAUCUUGCGAAGGGUCAGAGGACCCUGGCGGGGGAGGGCAUGUCUCAGAUCGUGAGGAGUCUCCUGGAGUUAAUGUCCCGUAAGAAUUAUUAUAGCGGCGACCUCUUAUUCUCUGUGGAGAUUCUCCGAAAUGUGACGGACACCUUCAAGCGAGCAACCUACAUCCCAGCUCCUGACGACGUGCAGAAAUUCUUCCAGAUAGUCAGCUUAAUGUUGGACAUUGAAAACCAGGAGAAGUGGGAAGACGCUCAUGAGGUCUCUCCGGGUUCCGUGUUGCUGAUGCGAGUUGUGGAAGACUUCAUUCACCUAAUUGGAGAGGCUCAAAAACCCUUCCAGAGUUUUCUGGUGGUCACCAACAACCUCAUAAUCACCAUCCAGCGAGAGCCAGUUUCAGCUGUUUCCAGCGACAUCAACUUCCCCAUGAAGGGGAGGAGAGGGAUGAAAGACUGGGCACGCUCCGCAGACGACAAACUCUUCAUACCCAAAGAGGUCUUCACCCUGUCUUCAGAUGAAUCAGAUGACACACCUUACUUCGUCAUCGGAGCCGUUUUAUACCGCACCCUUGGCCUCAUCAUACCUCCACCUAAAGAUCCAUUUGUGAUCAGCUCAAAGAUUCUGACAGUGACGGUACAUCCUUUACCCAAGCCCACCGGGCCCUUGGUAUCAGUGGAACUCGCCCCUUUGCUCAAUGGCACAACAUAUCCUCAGUGUGUUAUCUGGGACUACGGAAACCUAGAGACUGGCGAAGAAAACUGGGACACAGAGAGCUGCCAAACACUCCCAUCGCCAGCAGUCUCCCACACCAAAUGUCUGUGCAGCAAGCUGUCCACCUUUGCAGUUUUAGCGCAGAAAGCUAAAGAACCAGGUAUGGGACCCUCUAGUAUGCCGUCUGUGCCCCUCAUGGUGGGCUGUGGCAUAUCCUGCACGGCUCUUCUCAUUCUGCUGCUCAUUUAUGCUGCCUUCUGGAGGUACAUCUGUUCAGAGAGGUCCAUCAUCUUGGUGAACUUCUGCAUGUCCAUAUUGGCCUCCAAUGUGCUUAUACUGGUGGGACAGUCCCAAACUCUUAGUAAGGGGCUGUGCACUGUGACUGCUGCCUUUUUGCACUUCUUUUUUCUGGCCUCUUUCUGCUGGGUACUGACAGAGGCAUGGCAGUCCUACCUGGCCGUGAUUGGCAAGAUGAGGCCCCGCCUCAUUCGCAAGCGCUUCCUGUGCCUGGGCUGGGGUCUGCCUGCCCUUGUGGUUGCUAUAUCUGUGGGAUUCACCAGAGCCAGAGGGUACGGCACACCAAGUUAUUGCUGGUUGUCAUUGGAAGGGGGGCUGCUCUAUGCAUUUGUCGGUCCUGCUGCUGUCAUUGUACUGGUCAACAUGCUUAUUGGAAUAGUGGUCUUCAACAAGCUCAUGUCUAGAGAUGGCAUCUCAGACAAGUCCAAAAAGCAGAGAGCAGGCCCACCGUUGGAGGUGCGUAGCAGGCUGCUCCUGAAAUGCUCCAAGUGUGGCGUGAUUUCCAGCACGGCCCUGUCCAGCUCAACCGCCAGCAGCGCCAUGGCGUCUUUAUGGAGCUCUUGUGUGGUUCUUCCCCUGUUGGCGCUCACAUGGAUGUCAGCGGUGCUGGCUAUCACAGACCGCCGCUCCACCCUCUUCCAGGUGCUCUUUGCUGUUUUUGACUCAGUCCAGGGCUUCGUCAUCAUCACUGUGCACUGUGCCAUGCGCCGAGAGGUGCAGGACGCAGUGCGCUGCAGGAUGGGUGGCUGCAAAGACGACAGUGAAAACUCUCCGGACUCAUGCAAGAACGGCCAGGUGCAGAUCAUGACGGACUUUGAGAAAGAUGUGGACUUGGCAUGUCAAACAGAGAGAGGACACCCAUUCAUCUUUAAGGAGGUGAACACCUGUAACCCUGCUACCAUAACUGGCACUCUAUCCCGCAUCUCAUUGGAUGACGAGGACGACCCCAAGCUCGCAGCCCACCAGGAAGGAAUGAACUUCAGCAGCCUACCUGGGAACAUCCCUCCCCCUAACCUCUUGGUCCAAGUACCUCCUCUGGGUCCCCUGAACGAGCUCAGUGAGCAGCCACUAAAGAGGGAGGUCAAUGUGGAGCAGCAAGGUCAGCACCAGCGAUCUGGACCCAUCUACCUUUGCACUGAGAGUGGGCUGGGAUGGGCCCGACCGAACCCUACUUCCACCCAAGAUUCAGCUGGUGGCGGAGGUGGGGAAGGGGACUAUAUGGUGCUCCCACGUCGGACAGUUAGUCUCAAGCCCCCUCCUCCCCCUCAGGAUGAGGGUAAGCCCCUGAACAUUAUAGUAGAUGACCCACCCUUUCCUCCACCCCCUUCACCACUGACUUUACAUCCAGCUGAGAGCGAGGCAUACCCUGCAGACUUUGCAGCCAUGGACCACAUCAACAUGAAUCUAAACCGCUCCUAUGGCACACUAAAACAGCUGCCAGCCCAUGCUGGGCACCCACAAACCCUGCAGGUCAAGCAGAAUCGGCCCUCUGUCCGGCAGAUCCUCACCUCUGGCACUGUGGAGCGCACCAGAACCCUUCCUCGCAACCUAGGCAGCACCAACACCAGCCUCUCAGCUGGAUCUUUGGAAAAGAAAAGAGUACGGUACUCUGAGCUGGACUUUGAGAAAGUGAUGCACACUCGCAAAAGACACUCAGAGCUGUAUCAUGAACUCAACCACUCCAACAAGUUCCACACCAUAGACAGGUAUAACAGGGACCCUGCCAUGUCCUCCUUCAAGGACAAGUCCACCACAGAUGACCAGAGAUCUUGGGACAGCUUUAAGACCAUGACCCCUGAGCAGACGUGUGGCACCAGUGAACAUAAGGACAGACUGGAGUUAAGCAGUAAACCCUGGGACACAUCAUCUGUCAUCAAACCUGACACAUCUGAAGGAGACUUCCAGACUGAAGUGUGAAGAGAGCACACAUCUACUACAAACUAAAGAGAAAACUAAAUGGUCUUAUGAACUUACACAGUCAGUGAUCUUCAGCAAGAUGAGUUCUAGAGGAUUCUGUACUUGUUUACAGGUGUGAAAGAAGAUCAGACGAUCAGAGAAGAACAGUGCUCUAUAUUUUCACACAGAGACUUUAAAUGAAAGAGUGAGGCUUGGAGAGUAUGGUACAAAUUUUUAACAAACUGUUUCUGAACUGUCUUGAUUUUAAUCCAGAAAGGAUUCUCUUUCACCUGUUUGAUGAUUUAGAAAUUUAAAAAAACUAAUAAUAUUUCUGCACCCUUCAUUUGAUAUUGAAAAAAAAAGAAAAAAGAAAAAAAAGAAAUCGGAUGAUUCACACACCGUUUAACCCCAAAGGGUUUUCCUCCUUUCUGUAUUAUCAUUCCUUGGAUGAUUCAAGUUCCACUUUAUUAUUAUUAUUAUUAUUAUUAUUAUUAAUUUUUCAGUGAGAGGGAGGGGGAGGUUUGAAAGUGUUCAUUAAUAUGUGCCAUCCACUAAUUGUUUCAGGCACACUGGCCUCACAUAGUGUCCUCACAUCCUUCUUUUAGCUUUGUGUUUUUCUAUAUUUUUAUUUAGAUUGUCUCUUCAUGCUUGGUUUGAUUUUUUUUUAUUUUUCUAAAAAAAAAAAAAAAAAAAAUAAUAAUAAUAAUCUAAAGGUAUCUUGUUUGGGGGGGCGGGGGGGGGGGGGGGAUUAGGUCUUUACUGUCAUCAUGCUGUGCAAUACAUACAAUUUAAUGUUACAUUUGCAGCAUACAUUCAUGCGCAGCAGGAAAGCAUUUUUUAAUCGCUCUCUGCUGUGAACUCAACCUUCAAUCCUACAGAAACCAACCAACUGGAUAACAUUAUUUCUUCCCAGUUAGGAAAAAGCUUUGGUAUUCUGGAACAAGCUUACCCAGUAGGAGUUCACACUUUCUUGAUGUUAUGAACAAAAUUUUGCAGUUGAGAACUGUUUAUUUUAAAAUAAUUGUUCCCCCAAAAUGACUGUUCCUCAUGUUGUUCCAACCCCAUAUGACUUACAGUACUUUCCUCUGUGGAGCACAAUAGGAGAUGUUAGACAAAAUGAUAGCCUCAGUCACCAUUCACUUUCAGUGUAUGGAAAAAUGUAUGCAAUGAAACUGAAUUGUGACUGAGAAUAACAUCUCCUUUGGUUUGGAACAACAUAGGGGUGAGUAAGUGAUAAUAGAAUUUCAUUUGGAUAUAUAUAUAUAACCAAUACAAAGGUCUGCCUGUCAAGAAUGGUGCUAAGUUUCCACAUGUAUGUUUCUUUAUUUUGUUCUGCAUUCUUGGUCUUGCAAAAAGUAGCAGUUUUUAUCAUUAAUGUGUGACCCUCUCCACCAGCCAGCCUGAAUUGAUUAAAAUGUAUUUCAGUCCAACUGCGGAGUUUGACAGUUGGUUUAAUGCUAAGCAGACUGCUGAGGUCAUCUUUGCCAACCCGUUCCUCUUUAUAACCAGUUCAUUAGUUGUGUUGGCUGAUGUAACUCCACAUAAAGACUCAGAAGGUGAAAGUUCGAAAGAGACAGAACGGGAAAGAGAGGUGUGGUAAUUAUCUUGGGGGAAUAACGAUUUGUCCUGACAUUUUCUUACUUGCCGCAAAUCUCAUCUGCUCACAGAUCCCUGAAGUCAGCACAUCAUAUAGGCACAGAUGGCAAGACAAGAGCAUGCCAUUUCAACCUUUGGAAGUAAUCUGCACUAAUGGGGAACAUCCCCCCCCCCCCCCAUGAAAUAUCUCCAAACCCCCUUGGCAACUAAAACCAGUUUUCCCUCUCCUUUUUAGUGUGUUAGUAAAGAAAGACUGAACAUUGCCAUCAUAUUUGGGAACACAGUAUUUAUAAUUUAAUAAUAAAGCCCCAUUCACAGCAACAAUGCGACAGAAGUCAUUAAUUUUCAAAGAGAGUUGAUGUAAAGACAUUGGAGCGCACAUGAUCCAUUUCCUGUGAGAUACAGUACUGUGCAAAAGUCUUAGGCGUAUAAGAUGUUUCAGAAAAGCAUUUGUCUUAAGAUGGUUAUUUAUAUCUUUAGCUUUAAUGUGUCAAUAGGAAAUAUAAAUGUUAGACUCCCAAACAUUACUUUUGCAAAUAGAAAAGAUUAGAAUAGAAGAACAGGGAGCCCUGCAACAGAUGUCAUGGCCCCCACAAAGCCCCCCACUGAACAUUAGGGAUGCACCGAUACCACAUUUUCUCUCCCGAUCCAAUUCCGAUACCGGAAAUCUCAGUAUCGGCCGAUACCGAACCGAUACCAGUGUUGUUUUUUUGCAUACUCAGUUUAGAAUAUCUUUACAUUAUUGUGUGGAACUAAUUGGGUGUGCUCUUUAAUAUGUAAAGAAACACAAACCUCUAACUACACAUUAUUUCAAUAUAAAUGUAUAGCCAUUUUUGUUUACUAUUAUACUAGUAUACUAGUAGCAGCAAAAUUAACAGUAAUUCCAGUAAUAUAAUAAUAUAUUAUAAUAGUAAUAUAUAGUAAUAUAUCUCAAUCGUGCACCUUUAACUUUUAAACCCUCAUGCUUUUAUUAUGACAUUCUGAACUCUCCUGGAAGUCCUGUAAGUGUGUCGUUUGUAGGCAAGUUCUUAUUCAAAUUCUGUAAAAAAAAAAAAAAAAAAAAAAAAAGCACCUCCAGUGCCAUUCUAAAUGCAUAUUAUAAGUGAACCGAACUAUUGAGCAUCUACAUCUGAGAUCUUGUUCGUGAGUAGCGCUCAAAUAUUGCACAGCGCUGUGAAGGCUAAAAAUAGCCGCGAGUGUGUGUGUAAACAGAGCAUCGCCAUUCACUGACACGCUGGAGAUGCGUGUGCAUUUUAUAUAUUUACUUAUAAAACACAGCCUUUUGUGAUUCACAGAGCUAUCGCAUGUCUUCAAGUGGCUUUGAAUAAAAUGCACGAGUCAUAUGAACUACUUUAAUUGUGUUUUUAUGGUUCUUUUAUGUCAUUUUUUGAGCUUGACAGUAACAAACAUGACUAACACACAGUAUCGGAUUUGGAUCGGGCUCGUCGUACCGAUACCCGAUCCGUCUAAAAGCUCUAAAAGCAAUCUCGGUGCAUCCCUACUGAACAUCGUGUCAUUCUGAGAUUACAUAAAGAGACAGAGGCAAUUGAGACAGUCUAAAUAGACAGAAGAACUGUGGUGAAUUCUCCAAGAAGCUUGGAACAUCCUAUCUGCCAACAACCAAGAAAAAAUGUGUCCAGGUGUAUCUACUAGAAUUGGAGCUGUUUUAAUGGCAAAGGUGGUCACACCGAAUAUUGAUUUAGCUUUUGUUAUGUUUACUGGACUUUGUAUGACAUUAAGUGAUAAAUGAAAACUAUUUAUGUCAUUGUUUCUGAAGACAUCCACACUAUGCAACAUUUUUCACAAGUGCCUAAAACUUUUGCACAGUACUGUAGUCAAAUGUAGGCAAGACAGAGAACAAGUUAAUGUUACUAUGAGUGAUUUCAUUGUUCUACAGUAUAUGAUUGGUCUCUGCUUACAUGCAGGGAUAACAUUUAAAAUAAUGUGUCCAAAAUUGUCGACAUUAUGAAUGAGUUUGAUUAAUGCAUUGAUAAUCAUUCAUGAUUCUUGUUCAUGAUAUGAUGUAUUAUGCUGCAAUUUAUAUACAAACACUUUCCCUUAGAGAAUAUCAUUUUAGUAGCAAGAAAACCAGCCGCUGCCCAUGCAUUUUAAGUCCAGGCCUUCAGUGCAAUUCAUGCCAUUAAGAAAACACAGUUUCACAAUGAAUAAGACACCGUAUGCCUAUCAUACAUUAUGUGGCAGUCAACUAAUUAUACCAAUUGACAUUUUAAAAUCACGUCGAAGCACAAAAGCCAGAACAAAGGAGGUCUAAUACCAAGAAAAAGCUCUCUAAUGAUAUUUGCAAUUUAAAUUUUGCUUGCAAUAAAUUGAGUUUCGUCAAGGUACAUGGUUACUUUUCAAAACUUGAUCCAACACUGAAUGCUCAAGCAGCCUAAUUUACACUUAGAAAACUCCUGAUAUUGCUAUAACAAUGCAAAAAGCACUUACCAAUUUGCUUGAAGUGAAAAUCAGUCCUCCUUUCCUGUUUAAUUAAUCAAUCGCAUAAUUAUGCAGAACACCUCAGGUUUUUAAAUCCAUAAGGAUUUUUUUCUCAAUGGUGAUGUGGCAGUGACAGCUGACUCCUCAGCAAUAUCUCACGCUCUUCGCUUUCAAUUUAGGUACAUCACUUAAAGUGUGAUUGCAUCACUCAAGGCCAGCUAGAAGGCCUGGACUGGGACAUAUGCUAAAGACCACACCCAACAAGAACAAAUAAAUCAAUCUGAUUGGCUGAUGAAUAUGACAAUCUGACUUUAGAUGCCUAUUCACUGCAGUGUGGGAUUCUGUGGAAAUUCUGAAGGCCUGAUGGGGUGGAGCUCAAAAUCCCGCGCUGCUUCAGCUAAGGAGCAUGGCUUCAGGUAUGCGAUUUAUGAAACAGUUGUCACACUUUGCUUGUAAGCAUCGAGGAAUAAAUUCUGAUUGGAUAAACUUUUUGUUUUUUCUAUUGGUUUGUAGAUGAAUUAGGAGUGGAAAUCGAUUGAAAAUACAUUGGUAAAAAGGUCAAUGAGAAUGAAAGGAUGAAAAAUAUGUAUUUAUUAGGCAUGUUACCCCAGCAGAGAAGACUUUGCUGGCCCUGACAGUUCAUUUUAGGUGUAAUGUUCGAGCUAGAAUAAUUUUGGGAUCUGUUAAUAUCUAUGUCAAACUCAACAUUUGUAUACAGAGAAGGAGAUAAAGAGCAAAAUGAUGAAACUAUGAAACGGUUGACAACUGCAUCAGACAAAAUAGAUAAUAGCCUUACAGUCACAUAAAAUUGAUGAAAUAUGUAUUUUGAAUAUUUGCAUUGUGAGCAGGAUGAUCAUCUCUGAGGAAAAUGAAUGGUGGACAUAUUGAAGAUUUAAUAUGUUUCCUUGGACCUCCUGAUCUAUAGGAUGUUUUUAUUUUUUAUUUUAUUUUUUAUUUUUUAUGGCUUGUCAUGUUUGAAACUUUGGCUCCUCCCCCUGCCAGCACACACAAUCCCAAAUUGGCGAAAGAAGAUGGCUAUCACAGAGAAUCCUCCUUGCACCAUUUAAGUUUUUUUUUUAUAUAUACAUAAGAUUGUACAAAGUAGUCCUCUACUGUUUUCAUAGAGUGUCUUUUUAUAUGAAAAUAAAUUU